AUCCCACGAAACUGGCCAGUCUUCUCCUCCCAGCUCAAGUUAUGGUAAUCCCAGCUGUGCAUACAAUCCGACGUGGCGUUUCUCCUCCUACUCCUCCAAAGUCCAAACGAUUUCCCGCUGGGAGAAACAGAAAACGAAUCUUGAAUCGUACUUAUCCUGGGAAUUAAAUUCCUCCCAACAUGGAUUAUUCAAUUCCAGACGGGGAAUAAGUAGAUUCAAUCUCUCUUCGACCCUGCGACUUCUUACUCUCAUCAAUUAUUGUUAAUGGCCAACGUGUGAAUCGCGUCGCUUCGGGAAUCCCAUUUCUCUCCUUCCACCGGUCACCACUCCGUCCUAUUUAAUUUCACCAUGCGUAUUUCCAAGAAACCCGUUUCCUUUUGCCUCUCCCUCUUCUCUCCCACUGUCUCUUCCCGGAUUCCACAUCACUCUGGAACACGAGGAGCAGUUCGCGCCGCAGUAUCAGGAGCAAGUCAAUUACAGGCCAGCCAUCCAAUGGACAAGAGCCACAGGACUUUCGUGGGUGAAAAAUCACAAAAUGUUCUUCAUAUGGCAAGCAGUGAUGGUGGCCAUAAACCAUUUAUAUGGUCAUCUUCUGAAGGAGGACACAAUAUUGAUAUAGGAAAGCAUAUCUUUUGCAACAGACCAUUAAAUAUGAAGAAUAUUGUAUCUGUCGGGUUUGAUAUGGAUUACACUUUGGCACAAUAUAAGCCUGAGACUUUUGAAUCACUUGCUUACGAAGGCACGAUUAAAAAUUUGGUCUACAAUUUGGGAUACCCCCGUGAGUUACUAGAUUGGUCGUUUGAUUGGACGUACAUGGUGAGAGGGUUGGUACUUGAUAAAAGGAGAGGCAACAUCUUGAAGAUGGAUCGGCAUAAGUAUGUGAAGGUAGCCUAUCAUGGGUUCAGGGAGCUGUCGAAGGAUGAAAAAGUUGGUACCUACGGGAAUACGUUGUUACGGGAUUCUUUUGAUGAGCCUGGCUAUGCUCUCAUUGAUACCCUUUUUUCACUAGCUGAAGCCUACUUGUUUGCUCAACUGGUUGACUUCCGAGACAGAAAUCCUGGAAAAGUUUCAGAGCGUGUUGACUAUGCUCAUAUGUACAAAGAUGUUCGUGCUGCAGUUGAUCUGUGUCACCGUGAUGGAACUUUAAAGCAAACGGUUGCAAAAGAUCCUGGACAAUAUAUCAACAAAGAUACCUCAAUAGUGCCAAUGCUCAAAAUGCUCAGAGAUUCCGGUCGUUCUACAUUCUUAGUGACAAAUAGUUUAUGGGACUAUACAAACAUUGUGAUGAACUUCCUCUGUGAAUCAUGUACAAUGAAAAGCAGUAACAGAAUGAAUUUUGACUGGCUUCAGUACUUUGAUGUUGUGAUCACCGGCAGUUCAAAGCCGGGCUUCUUCCAUGAGGACAAUCUCGCAAAUUUGUUUGAAGUAGAACCCGAGUCUGGAAUGCUACUUAAUACUGAUAAUGGCUCUCCUAUGCCUCAGGUGGGAAGUGCUUCACCAAGAUUAUCAUUGAAGGGGCUGAAUAAGAUGUGCAGAGUUUUCCAGGGAGGCAGUGUUGGCCAUCUGCAUAAACUUCUCUCAAUUGAGUCAAGUUCACAGGUUCUCUAUGUCGGGGAUCAUAUAUAUGGAGAUAUUUUACACAGCAAAAAGGUUCUUGGUUGGAGAACAAUGCUUGUUGUUCCAGAGCUUGAGAGAGAGAUCGAACUGCUUUGGAAAUUAAGGGAUAUCCGCAAGGAACUGAGAUUGUUGCAGAAUCAGCGUGACUUCAUUGAAGACAAAAUACAUCUUGUGAAGUGGUCUCUCAAGUUUGAAGAUGUUGAUGUUGAUGAGAAGCAUAAAAUGUCUACUGCACUAGAUGAGUUGGAGUCUCAAAGGGAGCAAGUCCGAUCAGCUCACCAACAGGCUCAACGGGAAUGCCACCAAAAGUUUCAUAAAGUUUGGGGACAACUCAUGAAGACUGGUUAUCAGAACUCGCGCUUUGCGCAUCAGGUUGAGAGAUUUGCCUGCCUUUACACUAGCCAAGUGUCCAACUUAAGCCUGUACUCCCCACACAAAUACUACAGACCAAGUGAAGAUUUUAUGCCCCAUGAAUUUGAUAUCAUUCCAAUUUGAAGUAUGUCACGCUCUGACGAUUUGUUGUGUAAGCCAUUUUCAUAGGAUGACAAAGCGAAGAGAAAGGGAAAGCCCAAAAGUGGUGCUCUUGAAAAGAUCCCUUUAAUGCCCAAAACUCCACACGCCCCCCGGCUUUCCUCCUUUGCCUUCCUUGAUGAUUUGGUUCCAUGUAAUUUUGUAAAUGGAUUGGUGGUCUGUAUAAUCACAUUUGUUGUAAAUCUUUCAUCAGUAAAAAAAUAAUUCAGUUGUGUAGUACCAAAGCUGCAGGCAAA